AUGACGCUUGUCACCUUCACUCCUACCACGUUCCAGCGCCGUAUCGUGGAUGAUACCGUUGAAGAAGAGGACGCUUCAGAUGCAAAAAGCAUCAAGAGUACUAAUACCAUAGACUCUUUGCUGGACUUUUAUACCCAAGGCUUGCAAUACCCAACCCCUCAGUGCGGGGAGCCCGGAAAGACUGCCGUUACCACCCCAGAAGUGCCGAUCGCCGACUCGCCGACUCUUGUGCCGACUCUCGUGCCCGGCGAACCUGUCUUAAUCAGUCUAGAUAUCUCACUGGAAUCUACGUUGAGCAAUGAGAGGCCAAUGUCUCCGAGUUCGGGGCAUCAGUCGUUUGUCACAGCCAAUACAGACGCCUCCGACGGGACAACCUCUAGAACCAACAGUCGGUUGACGAAACGCUCCAGUCGAGACAGCUUUCUGUCAUUCCAGUCUAUGUUCUCUGAUUCCGCUGAUUUGGCUGUUUCGAGCGCAUACUACCAGUUGCUGAAGGAACAGAACCUUCUUCCAGAGCCCACAGUUGAGACCGAUUGGUCCGGCCGUGGUCAGCAUGCAGAAUUCGCCCUCGCAGAGCGGGAUCUCGUCCCUCUUCAGGCAGAAAAAUUUCUUGGAAGGACGAGGACUGCGAUCGUGGAAAGUGUCCGAUGCAAGCGCGUUCGAUUGGUGAGGAAGACCAUCAAAUGCACCAAGUGGACCGGGGUCAAGCGGGAAGAUGCUUUGAGAGAAGUGCAACACCUCUACAGAGCGCAACACGCCCACAUCGUCCGCCUAGUGGGAACUUAUGUGAUUGGCUCAGAUCUGGCGAUAUUGACAUAUCCACGUGCCGAGUGGAAUCUGGAGCAGUUCAUGGCCUUUGCGCGGACCGCCCACGAUUCCAGCGCCAGAUGCGCUUCUGCGCUUCGCCAGUUCUUCACUUGCACGGCUAAGGUGAUGGAUUUCUUACAUUCGUUUCCCAUCAAGCAUAUGGACAUCAAACCGCAGAACCUGCUCGUACGAGACACUGCGACCUCUAGCACUGAAGAGUCGAAUCGAUACAAACUGUAUUUUACCGAUUUUGGCAUCUCUAGGGCUUAUGAGUCCGUCGACGAUUGCGACACAGAGUCACCUACGUCUUUCACUCGAGCCUACGCUGCGCGAGAAGUCGUUAUUCAGGAAACCAGAGGUCUGUCUGCAGAUAUGUUCUCCCUAGGCUGUGUAUACUCAGAGAUGCUCGCAACAGUCCUUGACGCGUCCAUCGCCGCUUUUGCGCCGCAUGGAGAGGCGAUCGGGGUCCAUUGGACUGCGCUGCGAGCAACUCGUUAUACUUCUGAUGAUGGAAUUCGCCCGUAUCACGCCGCAAUUGAAGACAUACGAGCAUGGCUUUACGCAUUGCCAAUCCAAGAAGAAACGGAACUGUUGGCGGUGCGAGACUGGACUGUUGGUCUGCUGAGUAACGAAGCAAGCACACGACCAACCGCACGCCAGAUUGCUGACGAUCUUCGCUUGCCUUUCGCAUGUCCGAGUUGUAAUCUGCGGCGAGGGCCGGAGAGUUUCGAGGCUGCGGAGCCACUUGCUCUCACGCCACGUCAAGUAUCCCCACAUCGGUGGGAGAGACCCACGAGAACCUUGAUGGAAGUGCCGGCGCUUGCAUAG